GGCGGCCCCGGCGGGGCCCGGGGGGGCGGCGGCGGGUCCCCGUCGCCUCCUCCGUUGCUGUCGCCGCUGUUGCUGCUGCUGGCGCUGCCCGGCGGGGCGGUACCGUCGGGGGACAGCGUGAUCCUGGGGAUGCGGCUGGAGGAGAGCACGAAGCCGGCGGCGGGGGCUCCGGCCCGCGGGCCCAUCCGUGUCACGGAGGGCAGUGAGCUGCUGCUCCGCCUCUACGGGCUGGGGCUGGGCCCUCGCACCGGCGAACGGGUGGCCUUCGCCGAACUGCGACCGGCCGCCAACGCUUCGGUUCCCAACGGCACCUGCCCCGAGCGCUCCCAGGACCUGCUGGUGCAGCCCGGCCCGGCCGAGGCCCGCGACACCUCGGCUCUGCUGCGGGUCCGCGUCCAGCCUCUGCGCAAGGACGAGCAGGCCAAGACCUACGUCCUCUGCACCCAGCGCCGCCCCGGCCAACCCUGGUUGCCCCAUCAAGGCCCCGACGGACGUAUCGUGGUGUUGGAGGAGAAGAAGUCGCUGCUGCCCCUCUGGCUGCAGGUGAUCCUCAUCGCCGGGCUGCUGGUGCUGUCGGGGAUGUUCAGCGGCCUCAACCUGGGCCUCAUGGCGCUGGAUCCCAUGGAGCUGCGCAUCGUGCAGAACUGCGGCACCGAUAAGGAGAAGCGUUACGCCCGGAAGAUCGAACCCAUCCGCCGUAAAGGGAACUAUUUGCUCUGUUCCCUGCUGUUGGGUAACGUGCUGGUUAACACCACCCUCACCAUCCUCCUCGAUGACCUCAUCGGCUCCGGCAUCGGCGCCGUCGUCGCCUCCACCAUCGGCAUCGUCAUCUUCGGGGAGAUCGUGCCCCAGGCGCUCUGCUCCCGCCACGGCCUGGCCGUGGGUGCCAACACCAUCGUGGUCACCAAAUUAUUCAUGCUGGUGACGUUUCCCCUCUCCUACCCCAUCAGCAAGCUCCUCGACUGCAUCCUGGGCCAGGAGAUCGGCACCGUCUACAACCGGGAGAAGCUGGUGGAGAUGCUGAAGGUGACGGAACCCUACAACGACCUGGUGAGGGAAGAGCUCAACAUGAUCCAGGGAGCCUUGGAGCUGCGCACCAAGACAGUGGAGGACGUGAUGACUCCGCUGCAGAACUGCUUCAUGAUAAACAGCGACGCCAUCCUGGACUUCAACACCAUGUCGGAGAUCAUGGCGAGCGGCUACACCCGCAUCCCAGUCUACGAGGACGAGCGUUCCAACAUCAUGGAUAUCCUCUACGUCAAGGACCUGGCUUUUGUCGACCCUGACGACUGCACCCCCCUCAAAACCAUCACCAAAUUCUACAACCACCCCGUCCACGUCGUCUUUCAUGACACCAAGCUGGAUGCCAUGCUGGAGGAGUUCAAAAAGGGGAAAUCCCACCUGGCCAUUGUGCAGAAGGUGAACAACGAGGGCGAGGGAGAUCCCUUCUACGAGGUGCUGGGGCUGGUGACGCUGGAGGACGUCAUCGAGGAGAUCAUCAAGUCCGAGAUCCUGGACGAGUCGGAUACAUGCACCGACAAUGGCAGGAAGAAGCGGGUGGGCAACCAGAAGAACAAGAGGGACUUCUCGGCCUUCAAAGACCCCGUCAACGAGCUGAAGGUGAAGGUCUCCCCGCAGCUGCUGCUGGCUGCUCACCGCUUCCUCUCCACGGAGGUGACACUCUUCACCCCCAACCUAAUCUCAGAGAAGAUCCUGCUGCGGCUCCUCAAAUACUCCAACGUCAUCCAGGAGCUGAAGUUCGACGAGGAGAACAAGAAAUCCCCACACCACUUCCUCUACUGCAAGAACAAGGCAGCUGACUACUUCAUUCUCAUCCUGCAGGGCAAGGUGGAGGUGGAGGCCGGCAAGGAAUGCAUGAAGUUUGAAAUGGGAGCCUUCUCCUACUACGGGGUGAUGGCCCUUAGCCCCCCUCCGGUAUCUGAGGUCCGCUCCCCGUCCCACGUCAGCAGCCUGAACCGCUCGGCCUCCCUCAGCUACCACGAACGCUCCGACUCCAUCUCCUCCCCCACCAGCGGCAGCAACAACCAGCUCAACGCCGGCACUGGUGCCCAGUACGUGGCCGACUUCAGCGUCCGCGCUCUCACCGACCUCCAGUUCGUCAAGAUCACACGGCAGGAAUACCAGAACGGCCUGAUGGCCUCCCGCAUGGACAGUUGUCCCCAGUCCCCUGACAGCAAUGCUCCCAAACCGGACGCCGGUUUACCGGAGAAACCGGAACCUUCCGCCACUGCCGACGAGACCACCAGUCUCCUGAACGAGAGGAACUGCCUGAGCCGCAGGAGCAACCACAGCCCCCUGGAAAACUCCAUCUGACCCCGGCCCCGCCGGCACGCGCCGGGAGGGACCUCGCGUGCCCGUUUUAGGGACCCUUUCCCAGGUAGGAAACGCUCGGCGUCUCCUCGGUGAGGCCGUGCCCGGGUGCCGCGCUCGGUCGCCAGAGAAGCCCGGUUGAGCUGGAGGAAGCGGCGGCAGCAGCAGCGCGGUGGGAAACGGAGCUGGGAUUUGCUGCUGCUUUCCAAACUGGCUUCUUAUUUUUUUUUAAUUAAUUUAAACGGAUGGCGGUGGAGACGGUGCAACUCUCCGCCGGCCGCCCCGGCGACGGCGCUCGUUCAGCUCAGGGAGCUUCAGGUCUCGUACGCCGCUUUGGGAUGGGGGGGCUGUGUGUGCUCUGCCGUGGCCCCCCACCCCCGGGAUGGGCAUCCCGGCCCCUCUCCGGUGUUUUCGGGGCGUGAUGGUGGACGGGGCACGCUUGGGUUGCGGCGUGACAGCGGCGUCUCGUCCUUCUCCCGGAGCGAUGCCACGACCCUUCUCCGUGCCCGUUCCCCUUUCCCGCUGGCCCGGGGCGCCGGGGGCGAUGUGACAGUGGAGAGCUCGGCAGCAGGCCUGAGGCCGAGGGGAUGGGCUCAGCGUCUCGGGAGACCCUCCGCCAUCUCGGGAGACCCUUCCCCAACCCCUCCGCCACCCACUGGUGUCACGAGUGUGUUGAGGACGGCAGGGACAGCUCCCCCCCCCAUCCACCCCCGGCAGUUUCGGUGCCUUCCCCCCCUGCCAUGGGGCAUCUCAGGGUAUCCAUGCCGGGGGGACAGGGAUCAGCUCGGGGUGGGGGGGACACAUGGGGUGGGGGUGAAGGAUCCGGAAUUUUGGGGUGGCACAAAGCUAGUGACCAAAGUUGUACAGGCAGGAGGGGGCCAGCGCCGUCUCUCCCCCCC